AUGGGUAAUUCAAAGCCAGUAGCUGAACUGCCACGAUUCCUGCUCCCUCGACUGAGCUGGUCCACUACAUCCUUCGCUCAAAUCCCUGCACAGCCAGUCCCCAUUCGUUCUCUACAACGAAGAAAAGCAGUCCCAAGUUUCAAGCCUGUGUCGCAAGCUCGGCCAAUGCAUACCACGCCUUCAACAGCAUUGGUUCUAUCCAAACCUUCUCCACAACGUUCACCACGGCGACCCAGAGCCUACGUCCAACCACUUCCAUCCGAUGCAGCUCCUAUUCGACACAAUGGUGUUUAUGUCGCCGCUUUCAAGCCCGCCCGUAAAGCCUUCUCUACUACAGCCGUCCAAAAGAAACAUCACCACUUUGACACAUUGAAGUUCGUGGCAAGAUUGAAGGACGAGGGGUUCAGUGAAGCGCAAGCCGUGGCAAUGAUGCGCGUUCUGAAUGACGUGAUCGAAGAAUCAAUCCAGAACCUUACCAGAACAAUGGUCCUGAAAGAGGAUGCAGAGCGAAGUACAUAUACUCAAAAGGUCGACUUUGCCAAAUUGAGGAGUGAGCUCGCCAACGCAGACAGCACCGAGGCUCAAUUGACCAGAACAAGCCACGACAGACUGUCCAGCGAUCUAGCCAAGCUUAGCUCCAGGCUGCGUGAUGAGAUUGGCAGGACACAAGCUAGUGUACGUCUUGACCUGAACCUCGAGAAGGGUAGGAUAAGAGAAGAAGCAAAUGGCCAGGAGAUGCGCAUCAAAGAGACCGAAGCUCGUAUCGAACAAGAAGUCGCAAGCCUGAGAGAACGGGUCGAAGCAGUCAAGUUCUCGACUUUGCAAUGGCUAAUGGGUGUAUGCACGGGUACAGCCGCUUUGAUCCUGGGUGCCUGGCGUUUACUGAUGUGA